GGUCGCUUUCCACUGAGGAUGCAUUCCCAUGCCACUCCCGACAGCCGAGCUACCCCUCAUUUUCCAAGGUCUCACCUUGCUGAAGCAGUUGCCAAAGCCAAGGCAGGUGGAGGUGGUAGUGGAAGCACUGGUGGAACUGGGAGAGGUCUUGUGGGGCAGAUUAUUCCUAUAUAUGGAUUUGGCAUCUUCUUAUAUAUCCUGUACAUUUUAUUUAAGCUGGCUUCCAAAGGAAGAACUACUGCUGCAGAGCGGAAAUGCCCUACUACUACAUCUGGAAACAUGAAGAGGAAAAUCACUGACUACGAGCUCACUCAACUCCAGGAAAGACUGAGAGAGACAGAAGAAGCUAUGGAAAAGUUAAUCAACAGAGUAGGACCUGUGUGUGACAGGACUCAAAAUGUUACAACAGACCAGGAAAAAAUGUUACUUCGACAACUCCGAGAAAUUACUAGGGUUAUGAAAGAAGGAAAAUUCAUAGAUGACAUCUCUCCUGAGAAGGAAGCUGAAGAAGCUCCAUACAUGGAGGAUUGGGAAGGUUAUCCUGAAGAGACGUAUCCUGUCUACGACAAUUCUGAUUGCUUCAAGCGCAAACAGGACACAAUCCUUGUGGAUUACCCUGACCUGAGCCAACCCUCUCCAGAAGAGCUGGCAGAAAGAAUGGAGGGCAUGGAAGAUGAGGAGGAUAUUUGCCAUGAAACCCUUCUAACUGAUCUCACCGUGGGAAGGAGCGGUCAUGAUUUGAUUCAGAAUAAGGAAGAGGUAACUCUCAGCAGUGAAGAGAAGAGGGACCUUCAUCACAGCCAAAGCAUUGAGGAGUGCUGCUGUUGCUAUGAGGAUGAUGAUCCUGCUGUCAUAGCAGAGAAUGCUGGAUUCAACUCUGAAAGCUGCAGUGAAGCAGAAGAGACAGCCCAAGAGGACGUGUCUGUGGAGUCAGAACAUGAGAAUGCAGCACUGGAAAAGCAAAACCACAGUGAUUCAGAUGAAACAGGCACACUGAGAAAACGCAACACAAAAGGACUUGAUUGA